UUCCCUCCUUUUCCUGGAUUUCUGGUUAGUUGGGCCAUCUCUUUCUUUUUCUCUGCAUUCUUUUUUCAAAUCCAGAACCUCACGGAAGAGCGAGAGAGAGAGAGAGAGCGAGGGAAUUCGUUUUCUCUCCUCUGUUUCUUAAUUUGGAUUUGGAUGGGGACUCCCGAAUUCCCAAAUCUCGGCCACCAUUGUUCUGUUUCUGAUUGCAACCAGCUUGAUUUUCUGCCCUUCACAUGCGAUCGUUGUCAUCAGGUACAUUGCUUGGAGCACCGAGGUUACACUGAACACAAGUGCACAAAGCCCAACAAACAAGACGUGACAGUAGUCAUAUGCCCUCUUUGUGCCAAAGGAGUUCGCCUCAUUCCAGACCAAGACCCAAACAUAACAUGGGACAAUCACGUCAACGUUGAAUGCGACCCAUCAAAUUACGAGAAAGUGACAAAGAAGAGAAAAUGCCCCGCCCCAGGAUGCAAAGAAGUUUUGGUAUUCUCCAACACAAUCAAGUGCAGGGACUGCUUGGAAGACCACUGUUUGAAGCACCGUUUUGGGCAAGAUCACAAAUGUUCAGGUCCCAAGAAGUUGGAGACGAGUUUUUCAUUCAUGGGUCUUUUGAAUAGAAGUGGCAGAAACGAGGAACCAAAGGCUAAUUUGGCUUCGAGUACUGCGUCAUCAAGGUGGACUUCAAGCUUUCUCAACGUGGCUUCUAAUAUUCGUGCCUCAGCUGAAGCGAGCAUGGCCAAAUUGAGCGGUGAAAUUAACCAAGCUUGGCAUGCGGCUAGGGAUGGUGUGGGACUGCAGGGCAGUGGUGGUGGGAAUAAAAUUGAAUCAAAUGAUGAUAAAGUGGAGCAGUGUCCUCAGUGUGCUGCAAAGUUUUCUUCUGUGACUGGUUUAGUGGAUCAUGUGCAGAAGGUUCAUGAAAAGAAUGGGAAUGGGGUUAAGGUUUUGUAGACCCGGUGUCCUUUGUGGAGCAUGUUGGUGGUAGAUCUCGAGCUUAGGAGAUUGCUUCUUCUUUUUUUAAUGGGUUUCUUUUUAUUCAUGUAAUGUGCACGUCGUUUUGUCCUAUUUUUUGACAAAAGGAAUGUGAAUACUGAUUUCAAGAUGAUGUUAGAUUUAUUCACAACCAUACCACAAAACGUACAUCUGGAUUAAUUGGCGUAGGUUUAUUAAUGUGAUUUCUAAUUGUGUUAAA